UUAGUUAAAAAGUUAUAAUGGAAGCCAAUGACCAAACUAAUGAAAAGUUAACUUCUUUAAAGUCAAUUGUGGAAUCUAUAUCACCAAAAAGAGUUAUAUCUUUGAAAGAGCAGAUAGCUUGCAAACAGGAUGAGUUAGCUAAAAGAAAAGCAUUGCUGGGACCACAAGAAAAGAUUUGCGAACCAAAAAAGAAACAACUUACGCGGGACGAUUUUCUAAGUUGGCGACGAGAGCACGACGGGCCAAAAUCUCGUAGUGCCUUCAAGGUUUGGCGACGCAAUGGCGGUAGAGAUUUUGAAAAUUUCCGUAACAACUCACGUCGUGGAGGUGGUCGAGGCGGUCGGGAAAGAGGCGUCGUGGUGAAUCACUAUUACUAAUUUUAAAUAUAGUAUAUACAUGCGAAAAA